AUGGCAAAACACCUCACCAAGCGAAGCUCCAUCACGGACAAGAAUUCGGUGGAGAUGAAGCGAAAUUUGCUGCAGAAAAGAAUUGAUGGAUUUCACAAUCGCACAACGGCGCUAUUAGAUGGUGAAGACAUUAAGCACUUAGAAAUCUCCUCUAAUGAGGUGGCAGAUGAAGAGGGUUGGACCAUGGAGGAUGUGGAGGAGAACCCAGAAGAUAUUGAAGAGGAGGUGUUGCCAGAGAACAUCACUCUCCUGCUUCCCUCCUCACUUGGCAUUGAGCAAUGCAAGAUGGUGGGAUGGGAGAGCAUUGCACAGCAGGAGUUACAGCUACAGGUUGGCCAAGCCAAUGACUGUCUUGAAGACUUGCGACUCUUGUUAGGUCACAAGUCUUUGCUUUUCUGGACCAAAUUCAGGCACAAUAAGUCUCAAUGGCACAAAACCCGAAAUGCAGCUGAGCUCAGGAAGAUUGGUCAGCAAGAGCGCAAAAUCAUUAGACGAUACAAGUGUGCUAGGAAAGCCCUGAUCUGUUUAGGAGCAAGUGAACAGUUGUUAACACAAUAUCUUGACAUUCAAAAGGAAGACACGAAGAUGCCUGGAGACAUUGUGGAGGAGAAUAGAGUUGGGCAGAGGAAUGAUAGAUUGAUGUGGUUUUGGAAACUUGGAGGUGAGAAUGCUCGAAAUGCAUGGGGGGAAAGUGUGGACAAUAAUACGGAAGAUGUCGGUCGAAAUGCCAUGAAGGAGGGUGAGUGA